AAGAGUAAAAGUGCUUAAUUGGUGGUUCGGCCAUAGUAUGAGGCAAAAUUCACAGCUUUUCCCUUUGAAAAUUGGUGCUUAAUUCUCGAUACCAGCCCUUGCUACCUGAAGUGUCACCUGUGACCCGUCUGAGCUGAGGGCUGUAGUUUAUUUCGGUAAUCACCAUUUCCAGUCUGAACGAUACUAGAAAUUCCAGAUCGCAUUAAACGUCAGUGACAGGAGUUGGUGCUCCAUAUUGAGACCUGUCUUUUUCCAAUAGGAAAUGAAAAGUUUCGAAAUUUCUUCACGAAUUGCAUUUGAAAACCCGUAAAUAACAUGGCUCGGGUUGGGCACGGGUGCUCCAUAUCCAAAGCGUCAAUUUUUAUCUGGCUACUCUGUGCUCUUACCUUCUAUGCUCUUUUCAACAUAGCCGUUCGCAAUUCAUCAGAAUGGUCUAUCUCGUAUUCUGAGAAGAGGUUGAGACUGUAUGAUAAGAUGGAAAGGGAUUUGGAGGAGCAUGGUGCUGGGUUCCUUAAACAUGGAGAAACUUCUCAAUCACUGUCCCUUUCGGAUCUGUUCUCUCUCAAGGAUGGGAUUGUCACUCCUGUGCUGAAGGAUGCAAACCCCCCUGUACGAGCAAAUGUAUUACACCUGGGUAUAGAAUAUUCUGUUCACAUCUCGGAGGCAGUAAGGACCAUUUUCUCACCAUACUUUGACAAGGCAAUUUGGUUUCAGAACUCUAGUAGAUACCACUGUAGCAUGUUUCAUGCCUCACAUCAUGCUAGGCCGGGUCCCUGCCUCAGAAGCGGAGAUUGAAGCUGAAGCAGAUGCUGUUAAAACUCUUGCAGAGGGUUUAUGUCCAUUAAAUGUUGUUCUAGACAGAGUGAUUCUCACCUCAACUGGCGUGCUUGUAGGGUGCUGGCAGGUUAUCUCUGGUACUGAUCCUGUAAUUAUACGUGACAGGCUGAGAAAUGCUCUUCCACAUGCACCAGAAAAGCAAUUUUAUGAUGCUGUUAUUCUUCACACAUCAUUUGCAAGGCUUUUGGGUCCUCCCACUUUUCCUGAGGAAGCAAAAAAAUCAUCUGUGCUCGAGUUUUUUAAGAUACUUGUAAGUAAAUUAAACAGCGAAAUCCGCGGACUUAAGGCAACAAUGUCUGAACUCUGGUAUGUAGAGGAGCAUCAUCUGUUGGCACUUGCAAUUGAUGGAAGUAUGAAGAUUCGCAAGUUUCCACUGGGAUGCUUAAAAGCCUGACAAUAGUGUACAAGUUUCAACAUUUCUACUGUUAUACUUUAUUCCUGUCCUGAAAAAAUCUUCAUUAUUGGUAGUGAACUGAAGUCUCUCUCUUAAUAUAUGGUUUGUUGUAUGACUUGUAUCAAUUUUUAUUCUAUUAAAAUUCAUUUUUUGUUGUGCAGG